AGUUUCACAACGCUGCGUCACUUCCCCCGGUAACAUGAAACUCCACAGAGCCGACAGUUCGUAGUAGUACAGGGGCACUUUAAAAGAACAUUUGAAAAGUUUUUGAGAGGCAAACUGCUUUGCUUUGGUACCAGUAAAUAUGAUAUGGAUAGUAUUGUGAACUCGCAAGCAACGGAAUACAGCAACUAACAGCAAUGUAAGAGGAAAAAAAGGAAAAUAACUUGAUCGGGUCUGCCUGGACUUGGGAAGCAAUGCACAUAAAAAUGGGAUUAUGCCUAGGUUCUGAAAUGACAGAAGGGAAGAAAGCGAAGAUUCACAGUGAGAAAAUAGACCGAGAGCUGUAUGAAUACGCGAAACAGGAGCUCAAUGUGGUUAAAAUCCUAAUGCUGGGUGCUGCUGAGAGUGGGAAGAGCACAUUGGUUAAGCAGAUGAAAAUCAUUCACAGCCACGGAUUCACCCAUCAAGAACUCAACAGCUUCAAGCCAGCAGUCCUGGAUAAUCUGCUGACCUCCAUGAAGUUUGUUCUGCAUGGAAUGGGCGUUCUCAGAAUCAACCUGGCCAACAAUAAGAACAAGGUUCACGCUCACUCGCUCCUGUCUUGCGGCCGCUGUUUCGAUGAGGAGCGGAUGCUCUUCCCCUUCGUGGCGCAUGCCCUGCGUUGUCUGUGGGCCGACCCGGGGGUGCGGGCGGCCGCGGCGAGGGGCUACGAGUAUGAGCUCAACGACUCGGCGCUUUAUUUCUUUGACAAUAUGAAUCGGAUCAUAACCCCAGAGUACAUUCCCACUGAAACAGACGUACUGCGCGUCCGACUGCGGACCACAGGCAUCAUCGAAACCCAGUUCAAAGUGAACCACCUCGUCUUCAGGAUGUAUGAUGUUGGAGGUCAGAGGACAGAACGGAGGAAGUGGAUUGGCUGCUUCGAGGAAGUGAGGGCGGUACUCUUUGUGGUCGCGCUGAGCGGAUAUGACAUGACCCUCAUAGAAGACCCUUCAAUGAAUCGUCUUCAAGAAAGCUUGAAGCUGUUUGCCGCUAUCUGCAACAAUGUUUUUUUCAGAAGUACCUCGAUGAUUUUGUUUCUGAACAAAAUCGAUCUUUUUCAAGAGAAGAUCUUGCACUCAGCGAGACACUUGAGGCUGUACCUGCCACAGUACAGAGGUGCAGACUGCGAUGUGGAUGCUGCUGCUCGAUACAUCAGCAGCAAGUUCCUGUCACUCAAUAAAACCCCCAGCAAACUCGUCUACCAUCACUUCACCACGGCAACCGACACCUCCAACGUGCAAAUUGUCUUCCAGGUCGUUAUGGAUACCAUCAUAAAGGAGAACCUGGAAGCUGUGUCUCUGCUCUGAGGAGCUCCUGUACUGGACUAAAAACAGACUUAGAGCGUUGGACUGAGGGUUCAUAUUGAGGAUCCUGUGAAGCAAACGCUUACACUAUUGUUUGGUACCAGCUAACUAUUUAGGCAUAUCGUGUACACAUAACCCAUUGCUUACUUAAAAUAAAUAAUCCAUUAUAUUCCAUUAUAAAUAUAUAUAUAUAUCAUUUAAAAUGGUAACAGUAAUUACCUGUUAAAUAAUGAUUUGCUUUUUUUUCUGUGAGAGAAUGGCUGAGACCAUCAGAACUGGACUGGUCCUGUAGCCCGAUUGGAACCCAGUCACUGAGGUGGAGGCCCACGCCACUGUCUUACUCAAGGGCAGUGCCACCCGGAUAAUGGAUCUAGCCUUAAAUACUAAGCCAAAAAUGAGUCUGCUGGACUUUAAUGUAGAGUUUCAGUCAGAAUGUGUGAUUUUUCUAUUUCUUGUUCCUUAGUGGUAAGGCAGUGUCAGUACUGCAGCCAUGAUAGCUUUCUGUGUGAUGAACCUUGCUCUAGCACUGGGUAGGGCAGUCUGUUUUGUGCCCACAGGCGAGGUGUCAUCUAAGCAUUUCCAGUUUCCACCACAGUGCUCCAUAUUGAGCUGCAUUGAACCAGACUUGCCUCUCUAUAUUAGGACUAUGUAUCGUUUAAUAUGGCCUCCAAGAUGAAAAUAGCAUCAAUACACAAACUCUGAUCCUGUCAAUAUCCCGUAGACAUUCACAUUGUAUUUAUUUAUAUUUUUGUAUAUAGUUGCUAUGUCACACUCGACCAAAAAAUAAAUUGAAAACAGUUCAGGGCUGUGCAAAUAUGAAACCCUGUGUUUCUAACUAGUCAUCAAAAUACAUUGGUAAGGUUAUGUUACACCCCCUUAAAUAUGUUAUUGAAUACCACUAAGAUUUUUUUUUUUUUUUUGGAAUCGCAAAAAUGUUGGAAGAAUGUGUAUUGAUUGAAAUAAAAUGAAAGCCUUUAAUUUUAUUUUAUUUCUGUUGUCUUUCCCAUCUACGCACGCAUUCAAAAAUACAAACGUGAGUCACAAAACUUAAACACCUUUUAUUAGUAGUUUAGCUUCUGAAGAUGGUUUGGAGAUUAUUCUUGUGUUCUAACACUAAGCAUUGAGAACUUUUACAAGUGUAGCGUAAGUUUGUGUGGGGGGACCGAGUAAAAGAUGUCUACUUGUGCUGAUGUAUUUAAUACAAUAAAUCUCCACAAAUGCUCAGCGCUAAGCUGUUUUGAAAUAUCCCCUGGUUGAAAUGCAGAACUAAAUCAUAUACCAAACAUAAAUAAUCUGUGCAAGAAUAUGUUACAUUUUUAACAACUGUCCUAUAUCUUAAAUUGGGCACCUUAAAGGGGUUAGUUUGAAAUACAUCUGGAGACUUACCAGCUAUUGUGCUGUUCAGAAAUACACUUACAAGAAUGCAGAUGGGUGACCUGUUGGAAGAGGAGUUUUCAAAAUAUUUGCCAAUAAGAGAACACUAAGGGGUCUGUACAUGUUUUACUCUGGUCUGAAAUGUACUCUGGAUUCAAACUCCUGGCUUGUUCGUUUCUAUUUUUUUUUUUUUUUUUUAACAUUUAACAUGAGACAAAUGUUUCUUCUUCCGUGCACUUGUCUAUUUGACCGUCUUCUAGUUUUCCCUUUGAAUUCUGAUUGAGUGAAGCUAUAGAUAACAUAGAUUGUCACCUUUCAAAAAACAGGAGUGAACUACAUACAGACUGCAAGAAUUAGCUGUGAGAGCAGGCUCCUAAUCCGUUUUUUAAACCGUGUGUACAUAAUGUGUGUAAUAUAAUGUAUAAUCCCUUUGUGUAGAACACCCAACCUGCUGUAGUUUGUUU